AUGGCUCCACACUCCUCUCCACCCGGCUGUGCCAGCUGCGCCUGUCUGGCGGAAAAGAUCCAGGAGCUGGAAAAAAGGAUCUCCACACUCUACCAGAUCCAGGAAGCCGAGAAACUCAUGGACACCAUCGUCUUCAGAACAUCACAUCCCGACUCCACCGGCUCGUCGGAUCCGGACCCCGCCGCUCCCAACACCUCUCCCCCGGCUGCUGCGACCACCUCUCCUCCGCCUGCUCAUCCAUCCUUCUUCCCCGAGGUCUCCUCGACAAGGCUGGGAGCAAAACCCAAGGCUAAUCCAGAGCCUCCAGCUAGCUCCACUCCAUCCCUGCAGGAGCGCUGGUCCCACAUCACCGCCCGCACCAGGAAAUCAAAGCUCCCACCUCAGGCUCCCCUCUUCCAACUCCACCUGGAGAACAGGUUUGACACCCUGGACCUCCAUGACUCCCCCCCGCUGCCCGCGGGAUCCCAGCCGAUGUCCAUCUGGCUAUCUCAUGGGUCCUCCGGUCCUCCGCCUCCCGUGCCCGACCAUCCGCACGCCGGGUCCCUCCGGCGGCGCUCGAUGCCGUGCUUCACACCGGCACCACGGCUGGCCCGUGUCCCUUCCCUCUCGCCUCAGUUGUCCUCCCCGGCGAGUUCCCCCCCUCCCCAUUCCUCUCUGGUCACGCAGUCUCCACGUCCACUUUUCCCUCCAACGACUUUAAUUGUGGGCGACUCCAUCGUGAGAAACAUCCGCUUUUUUAACGCUCUCACGCGGUGUUUCCCCGGUGCGAGGGUCCUUGACAUUUUAACACUCCUCCCCACUCUGUUAAAAUCUCUGCCAACUUCCAUCCAGAGAAUUAUAAUUCAUGUUGGCACCAAUGACACGUCCCUCCACCAGACCGAGCUCACGAAGGACUAUUUUACCCAACUUUUUAACUUUCUGAAGAACUGUGAACUGUCUGUUUUUAUCAGCGACCCCAUUCCCACUUCUGGUCGUGGGUGCGGGAGCUUCAGCAGAGUGCUCAGCCUGCACACCUGGCUCCAAUCUGCCUCCCAAGCCCAUAGCUUUGCCUUCGUGGACAAUUUUAAUCUUUUUUGGAACCGUUCGUCCCUUUUUAAACUGGAUGGUAUCCACCCGAACACCACAGGUAGCCGCAUGUUAGCGGCUAACCUGCAGCACACUGUUCACUGUUUCCCACGUGAUUGA